AUGAAUGCCGAUGCAAAACCAGUCAUACAACCCCCAAGACCUGUGCCACACCAUCUCGAAGAAAGAACCAGGAAGAAAUUGGAUUACUUUGUUCAAGAAGGGAUAAUGACUUGGACUAAACCAGGAGAACCGAUUUCAUAUGCCAGUCCACUUGUCAUCACACCUAAAGGAGAUGAUGAUGUUCGCAUCACUGCAGACUUCCGAGUGGCAAACAAAGGAGCAUCGAGAACCCGCAUCGUACCUGGUCUACGAGUAGACGAAUUGUCGGCAACGUUUGGAGACUGCAAAGUGUUUUCACAUCUUGAUAUGAACAAUGGUUACCACCAAAAAAAAGUUGACGAGGAUUCCAAGAAAUAUCUAGUAGUGACCACGCCCUGUGGAAAUUUGGAGCAUGAAACGCUUGCACAGGGAUGGAUAACCAGCCAAGAUGAAUUUGAUAGACGAAUAAAUGAGAUCCUAGCGGGAAUUCCUUACGUAAAGAGUAAUCGAGACGUCUGUCUAAUUGGUGGGAAAGAUCGAAACGAGCACAACCGAACACUCGACCUAGUCCUAACACGUCUGUAAGACCAUGGAUUAACAUUAAGAUUGGAGAAGUGUGAAUUUGGAAAGGAGGAAGUCGAGUUCUAUGGUGUCAGAUUUACGGGAGAAGGAAUCAAACCAUCGAAGGCGAAAGUGAAAGCGUUGCAAGAAUGUGGAGAGCCCAGUUCAAAAGAAGGAGUAAGAAGCUUUCUGCAGAUGGUGGGAUAUAUGUAUCGAUUUAUCACCAGCUUUGCUCAGAUUGCCGCACCGCUGCGACAGUUAACGAAGUCAACCUCAACCUUCCAUUGGGGACCUAUAGAACAGGAAGCUUUCGAUAGCUUGAAGAGCAGUUUGACGGAGCAAACAACCCUUUCCUACUUUGUUCCCGAAAGACCGAUAAGAAUUUACGUAGAUAGUUUCUUUCCCGCGAAAGAAAACAGAGAAAUCGAGCAACGUUCCUGGAGGACUAUGCGCUAUUUUAUGCCAGAAAGGUGACGACGGACAGUGAAAAAUGUGUCACGUAGCCAACCGUGCCCUGACUGACGUUGAGACAAGAUACGGACAGACUGAGUUAGAAGCAGCUGCGAUCAAGUUUGCUUGUGCUGACGCCCUUUAUAAGUACUUGGUUGGAGCGCCAAAGUUUGAAAUCUUCACGGAUUGCAAGCCGCUUGUACAUCUCUUCAACAAUCCAACCUCAAGAGCACCACUGCGUAUCGAGCGACAAAUUCUCGCCAUUCAAGGUUUAGACUAUGUGGUCAAGUGUCAGGAAAGAGCUGAGAACAUCGCGGAUUAUGGAUCAAGACACCUGACGAGGAGAUAUGAUGAUGUUCCCAUGGUGAAGUCCGUGAACGAGUUACGAACUUUUGUCUCUGAAGACAACGAGUACCUUUCCAGAAUGGCAAAAGACGACAAUGAUUACCAAUUCUUAAAAGAAGUAAUUCAAAGAAACCUCUGGAAGAAACACGGAAAAGAUCCAAGAGUUUCAAGAUUCCUCGGAGUAGCGUCCGACUUAUCUGUUGUUGGAGAAAUCAUCCUGUGUAAGGACAAAGUAAUUCCGCCUUUGAGCAGUCGAAGAAGAUUUGUCGAGAAAGCGCACAAGAUUGGGCAUUCGGGAGAGACCCGCACGCUGAAACUUCUUCAAGAAAAGAUUUGGUUUCCUGGAAUUGCUAAACUCUGUAAAGAAGCUGUACAGAAUUGUCAAAGCUGUCAAGUCACUCAUGAUCGCACCUAUGACGAGCCUCUUCAAUCAACACCAUUGCCACCAGGUCCUUGGCAUACAAUCUCUGUGGAUUUCAAGGGACCGUUCAAAGAUGGAACUUACGCCCUGGUCGGAUAUGAUCUUUACAGCCGUUAUCCUGUUGUAAGCUACUGCAGAUCUACAGCGUUCUCGUGUGUAAAACCGAUCCUUGAUUCGUGGUUUUCAACAUUUGGUACAGUGAAGGAGCUGAAAUCAGAUCGAGGACCUCCAUUUAACGGACAUGAAUUCAGUGCAUAUGCUCGCGAGAGAGGAUUCGUUCACAAACCGGUGAAACCCAGGCAUCCGAGAGGAAACGGUGAAGCUGAGAAAUUCAUGCAGAACGUGAAGAAGAUGGAGAGAAUUGCGAAACAAGAAAAGAAGAAAUAUCGCUGUCUCAUUGAAGGAAUGUUAAAUGCUUACCGUCCACACCGCAUCCUGCUACAGGGAAAAGUCCAUUCGAGCUCACGUUUGGGAGAAAAAUGCGACUUGGAGUAUUGCCAGAGAUCUCAGAAACACCCGAACGUGAUAAUUACCCUGAAGUUAGACAAAAUGAUGCCUUGUAUAAGUUGA